AUGACCAUGGAAAAUACAUGGACGACACGACUCGCCACAAGCUUCUUACAGUAUCACGAAGGAACUCGAUUUACACUUGCUCUAGGAGAGUCGCCCAACAGUGAGGGCGGCUAUCACCUACCCGCCAAAAACUUAUUCAAGAUGAGAUGGAAUUGCGACCUAGAAAAAGAGGCGAGGACCUUAACCCAAGGUUGUCCUAAGAACGUGUCAGGCGCACCGGAACAUGGACGGAAUCUGUACCACGAUGCAGUAGACGCAUGGCUUUGGGAAUCGGAUCGCCUUCCUAUGGGACCUAACGCUACCUUUAAUGACACAAGAAUGUACUCUUUCGCCAACAUGGCCUACCAAGAGAUUUACGAAGUCGGUUGCCAUUACGAACAGUGUGAAAGCGGUAGUUCAGCCGAAGCUUCGGUUCUCUGUAUCUACAACACCGACGGUAGUGUAACUGGCACUAAGCAAGGAAAGUACAACUUUCUGAGCGAUGCAGUAGACGAGUGGCUUUUCCUAUCGGAUGUCCUUCCUAUGGGACCUAAUGCCACCUUUAAUGACACAAGAAUGUACUCUUUCGCCAACAUGGCCUACCAGGAGAUUUACGAAGUCGGUUGCCAUUACGAACAGUGUGAAAGCGGUAGUUCAGCCGAAGCUUCAGUUCUCUGCAUCUACAACACCGAAGUUCCCCUGAACGUGCAACUGUACGAAAUAGGAAGCUGGAACCAAACUAUUGCGGGUUGUGCAUGGAAUGAUACAGUGUGUGAAUUUAUUAAGCUGCAGCCUCCGGAAAAAUCGAAUGUGAAGAUCUUCUCUGCAAAUUACCUUACAAGGUUCAGAACGGAUUCCUAUGAGUUUUCAAAAAUCUUGUCUACGACUGCUAAUAAAUCUUCGCAUGCCAUUUCUUAG